UUCAUCGAGGGAAAGAUGGAUGACGAGCAAGUGAAAAUGCUCAGGAGAGCAUUCUCCAUGUUCGAUUCGACCAAGUCGGGCCGGAUCGAGAAGGAGAAAGUGAGGACGAUCCUCAACACUCUGGGGCACACGUUCGACGAUCACGAGCUCGAGGUGUUGCUGAAACAGGAGGACGAAGAAGGAAGCGGCAAAUUAAAUUUCGACUCGUUCUAUCGGGUUGCCUGCCACUUCCAAGAGGAGGACGACGAGGCCCUGCAGAAGGAGCUGAAAGAGGCUUUCAGGCUUUACGACAAGGAGGGGAACGGGUACAUUCCAACCAGCUCUCUCAGGGAGAUCCUCGCUGCUCUCGACGACCAGAUAACGCCCGAUCAAAUGGACGGAAUGAUCGCUGAAAUUGAUACAGACGGAUCUGGAACCGUCGACUUUGACGAAUUCAUGGAGAUGAUGACCGGCGAUUAAAAACGAUCGACCACGGGGAUUGCUGCACAUUUCUUCUUCCUAUUAUUCUUAUCGAUCGUGGAAGGUGGCUUUCUUUUGAAAUUCCAUUCGAGAGAAAACCGAGCGCGCAAUUAUUCAUAUUUGGAUCGGGAACAGGGAUAAGAAGGAUCGGGCUCGAUUGUUUCUCUCACGCGUUCGAUUGUAACGAAAUCAUUUGGAUCAUUAAACUCUGGUAAAUCAGUAA